GUGUUCUACAGUCCAAUGUGGCAUUUACUUUUGGUUCUGCAGCUAAGAGAUGACCUGAUGACAAUGCUUAUAGCUGGCCAUGAAACAACUGCUGCUGUUCUCACUUGGGCUGUUUUCCUACUCGCACAAAAUCCCUCCAAGAUGAAAAAAGCUCAAGCUGAGAUUGAUUCAGUUCUUGGUCAGGGCAGAAUAUCCUUUGAAUCACUAAAAAAAUUGGAGUACAUAAGACUCAUUGUUGCAGAGUCUCUCCGUUUGUAUCCUCAGCCCCCAUUACUGAUCAGACGUUCCCUCAAGUCAGAUUCAUUACCAGGUGGAUACAAGGGUAAAAAGGACGGCCACUCAAUUCCUGCUGGGACUGAUAUCUUUCUUUCAGUAUAUAACCUCCAUCGGUCCCCAUACUUCUGGGAUCGCCCCCAUGAAUUUGAACCAGAGAGGUUCCUAGUACCAAGGAACAGCGACAUUGAAGGAUGGUCCGGCUUUGAUCCAUCACGGAGCCCUGGAGCAUUGUACCCCAAUGAGAUUGUUGCAGACUUCGCCUUCUUACCCUUUGGUGGAGGGCCGAGAAAAUGUGUGGGAGACCAAUUCGCACUCAUGGAGUCGACCAUUGCAUUGACCAUGUUGCUGCAGAAAUUUGAUGUUGAGCUGAAAGGAGGUCCAGAAUCUGUGGAGUUGGUCACAGGAGCAACAAUCCAUACCAAGAAUGGCCUUUGGUGCAGAGUGACGAAGAGGUCUGAUCUUCAUUAGAGCACAAGAGGUUACAUUGAGUAAAAUAAUUGAAUGAUGUAUGAUUUCCUUAUCAAGGAGCUGCGUCCGUGUUUUGAACAUUGGAAUAGGAAAUGAGAAUGGAAAAAUCUCAAAAUCAUUCUGUUUCU